GUAGCUGGGCGCCGGCCGCCGAGCCGCCUCAAGUGGGUGCAGCCUGGAUGCUGCCUCCGGGGCGGCGGGGAGCCCGGGAGGCGGGGGAGGCGAUGCCCGGCAGGGUCGGCGCAGUGGGAGCAGCUCGAAUCCCCCCUUUCUCCGAGCCGCGGGCUCUGGGCUCCCGAUUUCUGGGGCCGGGUUCGCGUUUCAGCCUCAGGGGCUUUCUCGCCAGGAAAACGCAUGAAGCGUCUCCCCAGGAUGAUGGCUUUUGCUCCCCUAGGACUCAGCAGUUUAAUUUUUAAGAGUGUUACUGAUUCAUCCUCUCUCUUCCUCUGUCAUCACAGGUUUAAACUUACACGAAUCGCUCCUGGAGGAGGAGGGGACCCGCCGCGCGACUGACACGCAUAUCCCUGUAGGCAUCCUCCCUCAGCCUCCACCCCCACGGGCCGGAUUCGGGUGGCUCCUCUCCGAGCUGAAAUCCGAGAAGAAAUCCUUGGAUCGCUUUUCUUAAAAAAAAAAAAAAUCUAGAAACCGUCGGUAUUUUGCUUUGCUGGUUCCUAUUUGUAAGAUGAAGAAGUUUUUCGACUCCCGGCGAGAGCAGGGCGGCUCUGGCCUGGGCUCCGGCUCCAGCGGAGGAGGGGGCAGCACCUCCGGCCUGGGCAGUGGCUACAUCGGGAGAGUCUUUGGCAUCGGGCGACAGCAGGUCACUGUGGACGAGGUGUUGGCGGAAGGUGGAUUUGCUAUCGUGUUUCUGGUGAGAACAAGCAAUGGGAUGAAAUGUGCCUUGAAACGCAUGUUUGUCAACAAUGAGCAUGAUCUCCAGGUGUGCAAGAGAGAAAUCCAGAUAAUGAGGGACCUGUCAGGGCACAAGAACAUUGUGGGUUACAUCGAUUCUAGCAUCAACAAUGUGAGUAGCGGUGAUGUGUGGGAAGUUCUCAUUCUGAUGGAUUUUUGUAGAGGCGGCCAGGUGGUAAACCUGAUGAACCAGCGCCUGCAAACAGGUUUUACAGAGAAUGAAGUACUCCAGAUAUUUUGUGAUACCUGCGAAGCUGUUGCCCGCCUGCAUCAGUGCAAAACUCCUAUUAUUCACCGCGACCUGAAGGUUGAAAAUAUCCUCUUGCAUGACCGAGGCCACUAUGUCCUGUGUGACUUUGGCAGUGCUACCAACAAAUUCCAGAAUCCACAAACUGAGGGAGUCAAUGCAGUAGAAGAUGAGAUUAAGAAAUAUACAACACUAUCCUAUCGAGCACCAGAAAUGGUCAACCUGUACAGUGGCAAAAUCAUCACUACGAAGGCAGACAUUUGGGCUCUUGGAUGUUUGUUGUAUAAAUUAUGCUACUUCACUUUGCCUUUUGGGGAGAGUCAGGUGGCAAUUUGUGAUGGAAAUUUCACAAUUCCUGAUAACUCUCGAUACUCUCAAGACAUGCACUGCUUAAUUAGAUAUAUGUUGGAACCAGAUCCUGACAAAAGGCCAGAUAUUUACCAGGUCUCCUACUUCUCAUUUAAACUGCUCAAGAAAGAAUGCCCAAUUCCAAAUGUACAGAACUCCUCCAUUCCUGCAAAACUUCCUGAGCCAGUGAAAGCCAGUGAGGCAGCUGCAAAAAAGACCCAGCCAAAGGCCAG